AAGGGAGGGGGACUCUCGCGUCAUCAGCCUGAGCCACCUAACUCCGGAGACCCCGGGUUUGCCCUGGGAAGUGAGGUGAGGGAAGUCCGUCGCAUUCUGAUGAAUUCAUUGCCUGUGGAAUCGGGUCGGGGGAACCUGGACCCUGUAGGCUGGUAUUUGAGCUUUAAAUCCCCUUCUCCAGCGGAUUGACAGCUCUACAGAUAUACCAGGCGUGCACAUUCUGGAUUUCAAAUUAGUUCUCAGUAAUGGGAAGAACCUACAUUGUCGAUGAAACCGUUGGCCAGUAUCUUUCAAACAUCAAUCUCCAAGGAAAGGCUUUUGUUUCUGGUCUUUUAAUAGGACAGUGUUCGUCACAAAAGGAUUAUGUGAUUCUUGCCACUAGAACACCACCCAAGGAGGAACAAAAUGAGAAUCUCAAACAACCCAAAGCUAAAUUGGAUAACUUGGAUGAAGAGUGGACUACAGAACAUGCUAACCAGGUAUCCAGAAUGUUACCUGGUGGACUUUUAGUUCUUGGAGUAUUUAUUAUUACAACUUUAGAAAUGGGAAAUGAUUUUCAAAAUGCCCUGCGUAGACUUGUAUUUGCUGUGGAAAAAUCUAUGAAUAAAAAAAAGCUGUGGGACUUCACAGAGGAGGAAGUCUCAGAACGAGUGACACUUCACAUUUGCUCUUCUACAAAAAAGACAGUUUGUCGAACUUAUGAUAUUCAUGAUCCAAAGAGUUCAGCCAAACCAGCAGAUUGGAAGUAUCAAAAUGGACUAUCAUCUUCAUGGGUUUCUUUAGAGUGUACAGUUCAUAUUAAUAUUCACAUACCACUCUCUUCUACUUCUGUCAGCUAUACUCUGGAAAAAAAUACAAAGACUGGACUAGCACGCUGGGCCAAGCAAAUAGAAAAUGGUGUUUAUUUGAUUAAUGGACAAGUUAAAGAUGAAGAUGGUGACCUAUUAGAAGGACAGAAAAAAUCUUCCAGGGGAAAUGUUCAAGCAUCUAGUCAUUCUUUUGAUGUCAGAGUGCUAACACAGUUGUGUUUGAAUUCAGAACACAGAUCCACAGCCACAGUCCAGAUCUGCAGCGGCUCUGUAAAUCUUAAGGGUGCUGUGAAAUGUAGAGCUUAUAUUCACUGCAAUAAACCCAAGGUUAAAGAUGCUGUGCAGGCAGUGAAGAGAGAUAUUUUGAAUACAGUUGCUGACCGUUGUGAAAUAUUAUUUGAGGAUCUUCUUUUAAAUGAAAGUCCAGAAAAAAAAGAUUCUGGAAAAGAGUUCCACAUUCUUCCUCUCCGGGUUUUUGUCCCCAUUCCAGGAUCCUCUGUAAUGUUAUGUGACUAUAAAUUUGGCGAUGAGUCAGCUGAAGAAAUCAAAGACCAUUUUAGAGAGAUGUUAGAUCAUAUGAUUCAAAUAGAAGAUUUAGAAAUUGCAGAGGAAAUAAACACAGUAUGCGUGAGUUCCUCUAUAAAUACUGAACCUUCAUUGGAUAACACAGAUGAUGAACAGCCAAAACAACCCAUUAAAACUACGAUGGUAUUGAAAAUUCAGCAAAACAUAGGUGUGAUUGCAGCAUUUGCAGUUGCAGUCCUUGCUGCGGGUAUCUCCUUUCAUUACUUCAGUGAUUAGGUUGAGGCAUAAAGAGCUUCCUGAUCAUCCAGUGAACACUGACCAGCAAUUAUGAAUAAUAAAGAUGUAAACAGUCCAUCUGCACUUAAGACAAUAGCAGCCAGAUCUGCUGCCGUAAUGCCUAAAAUGAAAUCACCAGCUGCCUUGUUUAGCUUUGCUUAUAUUACAGGUGGCUCAGGCUUCCAAAAAUAAAAUUAUGCAUCUAAAGGGGAAUUGCAUGCAACAAUUCAUUAUUAUCUUUUUUUUUUUAAAUGUUCAAAAUGAUGGCUUACUUUCACAGAUUUUAGUCCUAUUGAUGUGAAUCACAUAUUUAUCAGGAUGUUGAAAAUUUGAAUAGUUGACUGAAUAUCUUAGUAAGAGAGCACAAAAGAAAUUUCUGCAAACAGACAACAACCUGUUGGGUAAAUUACUACCAUAUGACCUCUCUAAUGUAUACUCAGUUCCAAGAUACUGAUGGAGUUCUGAUAGAGAGGCAGGAAACUUUUCCAUAGAGGUUUGAUCAGAACGAUUGAUAGAAAUUACGUGCUUUCUAAAGUUAGAUUAUCAUACUGUUUUAAUACAAGACUUUUGCUUCUAACUACAUUAGACUAGUUGCUAAAAAAAAAAGUAGAUCCCGAAUAAAAUCUACAUCUGAAUGCAUUAGUAGUAAACUAAAAGAAAAUAAGGGAAUUCUUCAAGCACAAUAACCUCUAUCUUUGUCCCCCACAAAAAAUGAGCACAUUUUGCAUUGGGAAUGAUAAAUAUUAAGCAUACAGGUGGACUGUGAUUGCCAGAUGGUAAAUAGCACUGCCAUGUGCAGUUUGUCUGGGACUAGAAAAACAAGAAAUCUGAAACUGAGAUGAUCCCCCACCUGUGACAAUUGAAAUGGCCCUCAGCUACCCUAUAGUUUAUGGUAGAAGUAAAAUAUAGGCCAAUAUUCCCUAAUUUAGGUGCAAGAUCCCAUAGAUAAAGAUCAGGCAAUAUUAUUUCAUAAUUUCAGAACACAAGACACAAGUUGAAAGCAUGAGAGAACCUGUAAAACAACUUUGGAUUAAAUUCUUGAAGCUCAUUACCAACAUACAUGAAGGACAGUCGAACCACAAGCACACCUGAAAAAACCAAAUAGAACACUGGAAAUGACAACUGUAUUACUUGAAAAAAAAUAAAAAUACCUCAGACAUAUUAAAUAUUAUAUUAGACUUGCUAGAGAGAUAAUAAACUGGAAGCAAGAUCUAAAAUUACCCAGUGAAUAGCAAGGAGAAAUGAGGAACUAGAAAAUAUAAAGAGAAGUGAAGCGAUACUUAGAGAAGAAUUAUGAAGACUGACAGUAGUAGGAAGAGAAAAUGGAGAGGCAAUAUUUGAAGAGAUAAUAGCAUUUUCUGCAUUUGGUAGAAAAACAUGAAUUCAUAUAUUGAAAAAGAAAAUAUGUCCCAAAUACAUAUAUAGAUUAAAUCCAUGCCCAAACUCAAUAUAAUGUCAGUACAAGAUGCCAAGCAUAGACUUUAAAAGCAAUCAAAGCAGAGAAAAUAUCAUUGAAGGCAAGACAAAUACUCAGAUUUCUCACUAACAACAAUGUACCCCCCAAAAUGGUAGAAUAAUACCUUCAAAAUUCUGAGAAAAGCCUUUUAUUAACUUAGAAUUUGUAACAUGCCAAAUUGAAAUACAUAUUCAAAUGAGACACAGAUUUUAUCACAAACCUCAUUAAAGAAACUGCAGAAGAAUAAUCUUGAAGAAGGAAAAUGCUAUCAAAAGUAUCUGAAAUUGAAGAACUGAUAAAGUGAUAAACAUCAAAAUCAAAAGCAUGGUUUAUGUAAAGCAAUUAUAAUUAAGUCUUUUUAAGAAGUAAAGUUGUAAAUAUAACUAAACAUGUAACUAAUUAGACUUUUAAAAUCAGUUACUAUUGAAAAACUAGACAAUGGCUUAGAUAGUAGGAGAGGGAUUAAAAUUGAAAUUGCCCUCAGUGAUCUUAUUCAGAAAGUGGAAUAUGAUAGUGUUUAA